GCAAUCAGGUUGCUUCGAUUUGGUAGUCAGGAAUGUGACCAAAUUUGUUGUUAUAUUAAGCAACAUAGAGCACAAGAAUUUAUAUAACCAAACACCAGUUACACCAUGAAAACAGCCGUUCUCGGCGGCGGCAUCAGUGGCUUAUCCGCCGGCUACUAUCUAUUGCGAAGGUUCGGCAAACCUUUGACCAUUUACGAGGCAUCACCGCGCGUCGGUGGCUGGAUACGUUCUGAAUGGCACAGGGACCGCGGUUUUUUGUUCGAGAGCGGUCCGCGCACGAUACGGCCAAAAGGUAUAGCGGGUGCCAACACCUUGGAACUGGUGGAUCAACUGAAUCUGCCGAUUAAACCAAUACGCAGUUCACAUGUGGCGGCACGGAACCGCAUGCUUUAUGCCAAGGGCCAGAUCUGUAUGCUGCCGAACAGUCCCAGGGGCCUUAUUGGCACUGUUCCUCCCUUUACAAAACCUCUGUAUAGAGCUCUUCUCCAUGACUUGACCACUGGUGGCACUGUGGCUAAAAACGAAGACGAGUCCAUCUACAGCUUUGCCCAAAGGCGAUUCGGCAAGGAAAUUGCUGAUUACGCCAUUAGCCCAAUGAUCUGUGGCAUUUGUGCUGGCGACGCGCGCGAAAUCAGUGUGCGUUUUCUCAUGGAGAGUCUCUUCGAGAAAGAGCAAAAAUAUGGCGGCGUAAUAAAGGGCAUGCUCUACUCGCGGUUCAAGAACAAUGUAGACGAGAGCAAAGUAGGCUUGUUUGACCAAGACGAGCCCAAGCUGUACAAGCAAGCUGUCCAAGAGAAGUGGGCCAUGUACAGCCUCGCAGAUGGCCUGGAACAGCUGCCGCGAGCUUUGCGCAAAUACCUGGGCGAACACGAUGUGAACGUCCAGCUAAGUAGCAAGUGCCACAAUUUAAGCUUUAACAACGACGGCGCUCGCAUUAGUGUACGCGAUGCUGACUUGCCGGUAGCUCAUGUGGUUAGCUCACUGCCUGCGCACCAGUUGGCACCGCUGGUGAGAACGCAGCAUCCGUCGCUGGCCGCCCAACUGCUGGACAUACCCUAUGUGGAUGUGGUCGUGGUCAACUUGCAAUACAACAGUGAUCAGCUCUUGAAGCAAAAUGGCUUUGGGUUACUGGUGCCGCCCGUCGAAAAGCUGCCCGUGCUGGGAGUCAUCUUCGAUAGCUGCUGCUUCGACAUGGCGGGCAACACGAUAUUAACCGUCAUGAUGGGCGGCCGCUGGUUCGACAAGUGGUUUGGCCACCAGCCCAGCCAAAAGGAAUUGCGCGACAUUGCACAGCAGCACGUGCGCAAGAUUCUUCACAUCAAAGAAGAGCCUAACUUUAGCCGCGUACAUACGCUUCACAAGUGCAUUCCCCAGUACACCGUCGGACAUAAGCGACGCGUGGAGAACAUAAGGAGCUACAUUAAAAACUACAAGUUGCCAUUGUCGCUAUGUGGCGCAGCUUAUGAUGGCGUUGGCAUCAACGACGUCAUAUUGUCUGCCCGCAGACAGGUAAACAAGUUGCCGGUGCUCCUGCCGCCGCCGGGUCACUGAGGCUAUUG